AAAAAAAAAGUUAAGAGAGGAGUAUCCAUGUUGUCAAGUGUCAACCAUGGUCUUCUUAAGCGGCACCUUGGGAUUCAAAUGCCCUCAAGCUCUUGCCUUCUGCAGCAAAAUCCACAUGGAUUUCAAGCCCAGGACCAGGUGCCUACACAAUCCCUUUUCAAGGUCUCCUCCGAGGGAACUUCUUCCAACCGAAGAUGGUUCCAGUAUUACAUUGCAGGAAUGGCAGGGUUGGGGUACCACCUCUCCCUUACCCACCAUUGUUACCAGAAUCGCUGACGAAUUGAAGGAUUUAGAGAAAGAUAGUGAUGAAAAGAUGACCUUUGGUGGUAAAGGUGGCAAAAUCAAGGGUGAUUUUAAAAAGCAAGAGGAUAAGAAACACAGGGAGACAUAUAGAGGUCUAGGUGAUUCUGAACAAAAGCUUCAAUUCUUUUCAGCUCGACAGAUAGCAUGUCGCUUGGUUGGAAGUAGAGGUUACCUUUGUCAAAAGUGUUGGCUACCUCAUGAAGAUUGUAUGUGUUCAAAGGUCACACCUUGUAAACUUUGGCAUGGAAUUAGGUUCUGGCUGUAUAUGCAUCCAAAGGAUUUCUUGCGACAAAACAAUACUGGUAAAUUGUUAUGGCAAUUGUUUGGUGUUGAGGCAGCAACUUUGUGCCUUUUUGGCAUUGCUGAACAAGAGGAGAUCAUGUGGAAUGCAUUCAAGUGUGCAGGAAAAGACAAGGUUUGGUGCCUCUAUCCAAACAAGAGUGGAGUGGUAAAAUCAGUUCAAGAAGCAUUUGAUCAAGGAUUGUCAACCGACCUGGGAUUUGCAGAAACUACGACAAAUGGACAUGAUAUUUUGAAUUUUGUUCUGAUUGAUGGUACAUGGAGUAAUUCUGCUGCAAUGGUCAGAAGGUUGAAGGAUCAAGCUAAGUUAGCUUGGGGAGAGGAAGACAUUUGCUUUAUAUCCUUGGCCGCUGGUGCCUCUGCUAUGCAUAAACUUCGACCCCAACCAUCAUGGGAUCGUACCUGUACAGCAGCUGCAGCUGUUGGCCUUCUCUAUGAGUUACAACUUCUUCCAAAGUUCUGCUCAAUUGGCUUGGAUAAACAAGCCGAAGCUAUAGAGGAUACUUUAGCUGUUCUCUUAGACGCUCUCACAGCUCGACGCCUCCGGAUGGGUAGGUCCAUAACUCGUAAAAUGAGGCACCAUAGUGAUAUAUGUUAAUCGCGUUCCAACAACAGUUUCAUGCAGACCAAGUGAAAUGAGGAUAGGCUUUAUGAAAUUCCAAGGUGAUUUUUCUGAAUAUUCACGUGAAGUCUGUGUUAGCUCACAUUUCUUGGGUCUUAAACGUCUGCUGAGGCUAGGAUUUGCAACACUUUGUUACUGCUUUUUCGAGUAGAUUUAUUAUCGAAUGAGUGGAACAACAGAUUUCAGUUACAUUGUUGAUGAUUUUGGUCCAUAUUUCAACUUUUUUUUUUCUUAUUAUGUUUUUCCUCAUUACUCAUCAUACCAACCUUGCAAAAUGUUUUGUUCUCUUUUAGGUUGACAUAUAGUUGGCUACUUGGGACACUAAGGAUGGUAUCAACACCAAAUACUGGUAAAAACAAAGCAAGGACCAAUACUAACUACCGAUAUUUGUAAGCAAUAUAGGCUCCUCCUAAGCCUUUAAUUUUGAUUAUACAGUUAAUUUUUUGAAUACCUAUUUGGUUUAUGAACUUUUUAGAUUACUUUAUUAGAAUUUGUUUAGAUUUAAGAUAUAUUUAUAGACUUCCUUACCAAGAACAAGGAAAUUAUUGAAAAUGUACAAUUUCAAACUAAUUUACAGCAUGUAAAGUAUUGAAAUGGCAUUAAGCAACACAAACAAUAAGGUGAAGGAAUUAAGCAAAACAAACAAUAAAGUGAAGGAAUUAAGCAAAACAAAACAACAAUAAGGUGAAGACCUUAUUGUUUGUUUUGCUUAACACCAUUUCAAUACUUUUAUGUAAAAUCAAAUCCCUACUUAAUAGUGA